GAAGGAGGAAGAAGGUGGGUGAAGAAAAGGUCAGCCAUCUUCGUGAGGUCGAAACCUGCGGCAUAGUGAUGCCCCGACACUGCUCAGCUGGUGGCUGCAAAUCUCGGGACAACCGUGAGAGUCGUAAUGCAGGAAUCACCUUCCACAAAUUGCCUAAAGGACCAACGAGGAGGAACCUUUGGAUCACAAACUCCCGUCGUGCGGACUCCUGGGACCCUCAGAGUGACUUUGUCUACUUUUGUUCCCAACAUUUCACCCAGGAGAGCUUUGAGCUGACCGGAUACAGUGGGAUCAGGAGACUGAGAGAAGACGCUUUACCUACAGUGUUUGAUUUUUCGACAACAACCAAAUCCAAGAGAGCGGGGAGGCUGCAGAAACGAGAAGACCCUCCUGUCAGGAAGAGUCCACACCUAGCAUACCAGGAGAAUGAUGAGAGCCUCCCUUCAGAUGAACCCACAGGUGAGAGCUCAGCGGCAGCACCUGGAGAGACUCCUGAAGACACACCUGCACCUCCUCCGGAGUCUUCAGAGGUGGAGCCGCUCCCACAGGACGAACACAGCCCUCCUCCACCAGAACCGGAGCCUCGGCCCGUCUCCCCGUCACGCUACAUGAGACGCCUGCCCCCUCCUCCGGGCUUCUACCUGUCCAAGGAGCACAGCUACGCUCAGCUCUGCCCCCUGCUGUGGAGGAGGCGCUACGACCAGGCCAUCGACUGUCUGGAGAAGACUCUGCGACAGCUGCACGCGGCCCGGCGGAGGGAGAGCCGCCUGAGGAGCACCAUGCUCAGGCUGAGAGAUAAACGGCUGAAACAGGCCCUGCUGGUGUCCAGGGACGUUUGUAAAGACCGCAGGGGUCCAGGGGAGGAGAGGAGACGAGGAAGAGGAGGAGGUAACCUGGAGGAAACUGAGAACGAUGCUAAAGGUGAGGAUACCGGUGUGUUUGAGGACAGAGGAGUGGAUCAGAUGGAGUUUGGAGGUCGUUUUCUUCAGGACACAAACAGCUGGUGUGAGGAGGAGGAGAGGGGCAGUGUUUUUACUGUGGACGAGGACAGGACAGGACGCAGGAUGUGUCUCACAGAGCAGAGAAGAGGGGCAGCCCACAGAGCAUGA